CUAAUUUUCUGUCAGCAUAUAAACUGUGAAGUAAAUAAAUAUAUAACUUAAGAAUGGCUUCUGAUGGCGAGGAUAUGGAUAUAACACCCGUGGAAAGUGAAGUUUCUGCAGCAGAAACUGAAACAGAAGCAGAUGAUGCGCACUUGCCGGACCUGGAAACAGACGAUGAAAGUUUAGAGGUAGAAGCGGUGCCCGUGUCAAAUGAAGAAGCAGAAAUGGAAGAAUUAUUGGGACAACUCGAAGAUUAUACACCAACGGUGCCCGAUGCGCUCACAUUGCGUAUUUUGAAUAGCUCUGGCUUUGGCUCCGUCGACCCGCGGAUUGUGCGCAUAAUUUCUGUAUCAGCGCAAAAAUUCAUCUCGGACAUUGCGAAUGAUGCUCUGCAACAUUGUAAAACGCGCACAACGAACAUUCAACACUCCAGUGGACACAGCUCCAGCAAGGACAAAAAGAACCCAAAAGAUCGCAAGUACACUUUGGCUAUGGAGGAUUUGGUGCCAGCUCUGGCCGAUCAUGGCAUAACAAUGCGUAAACCUCAAUAUUUUGUUUAAUAUAAUAAGAAAUAAAUAUAAAAUUAGCCAUAAUUCCCAUA